CUACCUCCUCCCCCUGUUUCAUGAAUUACAACAUUCAACAUUACGCGGUCAGUUCUUUGUUGCAUCUUCCUCAAAUGGAUCUAGACUGGCACCAGGUUAUGGAGCUCAUCCAACGCCUCUUUGAAGCUGAAUUAGGAAAGAAGAGGGAGAGAACAAGGGUAAUGGAAGAGCGGCUGAGGGCUGAUAUAGCUGCCUUGGACGCAAAGGAAAAUGAGCGUUUGAUGCUUGCGAGUGAGAGGGAUCAAAAGCUCGCGGUCAAAAAAGCUGUGGACAAAUUGGUCUCUGAGUUUCUUCAAGCAGAGGGUAACAAGAAUUUUGAUGCCCAGAAAGCUAUGGAGAAGGACAUUGUAGCUUUGAUGAGCCCAGACGGUGGCGAUGGCGGCAACACAGGAGGAUCUGAUAGCAGCGUUAACGGUGUGGCAAUUAUGGUAGGAAAGGACGGUGACGGUCAGUGAUAUUAGCAACUAGAAACGGCGGUGACACUACGGCGGCUCCGAUUACCUGAAAUAAGGAUGACGGUGAA